CGCAUUGUGAGAACCAUGCAUAUUCCCCUCUGCUAUUGUGGUGACUGAAUUGCUUUCCAGUACCAGCGUAUUUAGUUAAGCAGAUUUGAUUUGACUUACACCCCAUGAUGAUCUCUCUUGAUGGUGGCUGAUAAGUGGCUUGAGGAGACGGCAGAAUCACAUAAAGAGCUAUGAGCAUGCAUGCAAACCACAUCAUAACAAGAUGGUAUACUGCAAGUAUCAUGGAUUUCUGUGAUGUUGAAUGAAGAAUUUGUAGCACUAGACCAGUGACAUCUCUACCUACUGUCCACUAACCAUGGGAGGUGUGGAGGAAAUACACAGAUGGACAGUCAAGAUGAGCACGCCAGGGGUGUUGGCUGUAGUGACAUUCUUUUCUAUGAUUCCUGGUGGGGUGCUGAGUGAUAUGAGAUGUACUCAGGGUCUGGAAGCCCAACAUUUUGCCCAGGGGUCCACUCAUCUGCACCGUCGCCUGAAGAGAGACUGGAUCUGGAAACAGUUGUUUGUCCCAGAGGAAGAUCCCACUCCUCGUGUCAUUGGCCAGCUCAAGUCUGAUUAUGACCAAGGCGAGUAUUCUAUCAAGUACAUUUUAUCAGGGGAAGGUGCUGGAGAUGUGUUUGAGAUUGAUGAGUAUUCUGGUGAGAUUCGGACUCUGAAGAAGCUUGAUCGUGAGGAAAAGGCUUUCUACGUCCUUCAAGCCCAGGCAAUCAACAGGAGGUCCAACGAACCAGAGGAGCCCCAAUCAGAGUUUAUCAUCCAGGUGCAGGACAUCAAUGACAAUGUACCCCAGUUCCAGAAUGAACCGUAUGUGUCCAGCAUCCCAGAGAUGUGUCCAACAGGGACCAGAGUGGCCCAGGUGACAGCCACAGAUGCUGAUGAUCCCAUGUUUGGAAACAACGCCAAGCUCAUCUACUCCAUCCUCCAGGGGGAGCCGUACUUCUCUGUGGAGCCAAAGACAGGGAUUAUUUUAACAUCUUGGCCACACAUGGACCGCGAGGCCAGGGAGCAGUACCUGGUGGUGGUGCAGGUGAAGGACAUGCUGGGCCUGAGUGGAGGUUAUUCCUCCUCCACCACAGUAACUGUCAGCCUGACUGAUGUCAACGACAAUGGACCCACUUUCCAGCACCACAUGUACACCUUCGCCAUCCCUGAAAAUGCAGCCAUGGGCACCACAGUGGGCAGGAUUAUGGCAGAAGAUGGAGACAUUGGCAUAAAUGCCAGAAUGACCUACACCCUGAAUGAUGACCUGGAGGAAAGCUCAACUUUCAUCAUCAAAACAGACCCAGUGACGCAGGAGGGAGUGGUUCUGCUAGCCCAGCCUUUGGACUACGAAACAAAGAGACGUUUUGUUAUGGCUGCAGAGGCAGUUAAUGAUCACAUAGACACUCGUUUUCUGACUUUGGAUGACUUCAGGGACAGGACAACACUCAAGAUCGUUGUGGAAGAUGUAGACGAGCCGCCUGUCUUCCUCUCACAGGUCUAUUGGUGGAAAGUUCCUGAAAAUGCAGCUGUGGGAACUGUGCUUGGCAGUGUUAGUGCUAGAGACACCGACACAGUCGGCAAUCCCAUCAGAUAUUCACUUGACAAAAGGAGCGAUACCACAAAAGAUUUCAAUAUAGACCCGAAGAAUGGAACAAUAACUGUUGCUAGAACUUUGGACCGAGAGACUACGAACUGGCACAAUGUGACUGUUGAAGCCAAGGAAACCGUCCAGAACCAUCUAUCCUCCUUUUUGGUGGUGUUCAUCAAAGUGCUGGACAUAAACGACAAUGUACCAAGGCUUGCAAGAGAUUACCAGCCAUAUAUCUGUGAGGGGACACAGGCAGGAGAAAUUAUUCAGGUGCUCAGUGCUGUUGAUCCAGACGACCCUGUGGAGGGACACCAUUUCUACUUCUCUAUGGUCCCUGCGAACCACAUCAAUCCAAACUUCACUAUCAGGGAUAAUCAAGACAAUACAGCCAGCAUCGUGGCACGCAGGAGUACUUUCACCCGCAAGGACCGGACCCAGUAUCUCCUACCUGUGGUGAUGACAGACAGCGGCUCCCCAGCUCUCUCCAGCACCAGCACUUUGACCAUCAGCGUGUGCAGCUGCCAACCUGCCGGCCAUUGUCCCACAGGAGGGGUGGAGGCCCUUGCUCUUUCUAUGGGGGUCAGCCUGCAAACAUUGUUAGGGCUUUUGUUCUGCCUAGUCACACUAACAGUACUGUCAAUUAUAAUGCUCAAGGUGAGGAGACACAGGCGGAAACAGCAGGAGGGGCACGAUGUGGAGGUGAAGGAGCUGGAGCUGCCUGAGACAGUGUCUUCGAAGGUGCUGUAUUAUGGAGAAUCCGUGGAUGGAGGAGUAGACCUGGACUUCGGCCAUUCCGUUGUUCCUCUGCGUCACCACCCCCACAGGAGAAGAGAGAGGAGGCUAUGGAGGGAUGACGUCAGAGCCAGCAUACGAAUGUCUCUCAGAGAGUCGCACCUCAUUGGGCCGGAGGAUGAUGUCUUUAGGCAGUUUAUUCUGGACAGGCUGGCAGAGGCUGAUCAGGACCCUCAUGUUCCCCCGUUUGACUGCCUCAAGAUUUAUGCAAAUGAGGGGUCAGAGACUCCCACCGGGUCCCUGAGUUCAUUGGCAUCCUCUACCUUUGAGAUUGAACCUGAGCAACCUGUCUGUAAUCCCAGACCCUACUUAGUGAGACUCACUCCUUGGUAUGGGGGAGGAGAGGAGGACACUAUCUUCUGAGAGGCUUUGUUGUUUCGCUCUGAUGCCAAAUGUCAGACAACAGAGUCAAGUCCACUCUUUUGUAAGUAAACACAGUAUAAAGCUACAGCCAGCAGUUGGUCAACAUAACAGCUGUUUUCCCCUUAAUGCUAAACUAAAUUAAUGACUGUACAUAGACAGACAGUAUGCAUUGACUAUAUACACUAUAUAUAUAUAUAUAUACACUAUAUAUACAUAUAUAUAUAUAUAGACAAGUAAAUUUCACGAAAUAUUAAACAAUUCAUUAAAAGAUAAAAUCAAACCUUACACAUAAAAUGUUAUUGUUGACAUGCCUUUUCUAACUAUACCCAUAUUUGUUGUUCUGUUAUUAUUUUUAUUUUGUGUGUGCAACCAUUCAAACUACAAGAGCUACAAAAGUUUAAGUUGGACUCUAUGCCUUAAGGGGGCAGUAAGCGAUUCUUAAGCAAAACAUACUUUGUAAAAAUCUGUGAAUAUUUCCUCAUAGUCCUCUAGCUUGUUGUUUUUCUGCGCGCACUGGUGAAAUAUCUGCGUUUUCGGCUCAAACAAAACAAUUGGUGCUGCAACGCCGCAGUUUUGGCCUAGUGGUUUGCGCGUCGACCUCCCAUACCCGAGGUCCCUGUUUAGCAGCCUGACAUGAAAAUCACAACAAAGAGAGACAACCUUUCUCCAAAAUUGCUUACUGCCCCUUUAAAGGGUUUCUCUCUGGAGUCACCUUCAGCAACAAUCAAAUGCCACAACAUGGUAUAUGAUAAAAUACUGUACAUCUGUUGUAUAAGAGGUAGAGCACCAUUGGUCUUUGCAAAAAAAUGACCUGUGGUUAUUUUUUCCUGACAAGUGACCUUUUGCAGUCGUGCAAAUAAUGACUGUCCUCUUUAUGUAUUGCACAAACGGCAUAUUGUAAGUGUUCAUUUGAAAGAAAGAGUGACAGAUACAAUAGCUUCUAUAGCUUUUGCUCUCCACCAGCUACUGAGAAGUAAAAAAAACUACACUACUACAUUCAAGUAUUGUAAUGGGCAGGUGACAUACAGUGGGUUCAGCAGAGUUAGGUUUUAUUUUAGCUCUGCCAAGGAGGUUACGUUUUCCUCCCUGUCUGCUUGUUGGUUGGUUGGGUUUGAAAUAUCUUGUGGCUUAAAUCAACAUAAAAUAAAGACAAAAAUAUA